GCAGAAGCCCAAAUCGUGCGCAUGCGCGUUGAAGCCUGGGGUCCUUGGCUUCGACGACGUGUUGUUGUGAGACGUCAGCGGCGGCGAUGGCGGGCACCGCGUUAAAGAGACUUAUGGCCGAAUACAAACAGCUGACACUCAACCCUCCUGAAGGAAUUGUCGCAGGUCCCGCCAAUGAGGAGAACUUUUUUGAGUGGGAGGCGUUGAUCAUGGGCCCGCAGGACACGUGUUUCGAAGGAGGCGUCUUUCCCGCCGUCCUUACCUUCCCCUCCGAUUAUCCUCUCAGCCCCCCCAAGAUGAGGUUCACCUGCGACAUGUUUCACCCCAACAUUUACCCAGAUGGCCGCGUGUGUAUCUCCAUCCUGCACGCGCCGGGAGACGACCCCAUGGGCUACGAGAGCAGCGCUGAGCGCUGGAGUCCGGUACAGAGCGUGGAGAAAAUCUUGCUCUCCGUUGUUAGCAUGCUAGCAGAACCAAACGACGAAAGCGGCGCCAACGUGGAUGCCUCCAAAAUGUGGCGGGAGGACCGAGAUCACUUUUACAAACUGGCUCAGAAGAUCGUGCGCAAGUCCCUGGGCCUUUAGCGAUGAUGUCAUCACCGGCGCCGCGAGUGUGUGUGUGAGUGUGUAUGAGGACAGCGGUCACGACGGCGUGAGUUGCUCGGCCACCGCCGAGCGCGCCACCGCAGGACCCCGAGUCCCCACGACAGGAUGUGACGUCACAGUCGACCGCUGUUGGCCAUGUAGGACAAUCACGCAACUGGUCGGCCGGUCAAUCAGUUGCCGACAACGGCACUGUCUACAAAACCCUCACUUCGGGCCGUUUAUUCUGUCUCCGUCCCAUCUGGCUUCAGAACCAAGUAGUACUAGUGCCACUUUUGGUGUACAAGUACAAGCUUAAGAUGGAUACAGAAGAAAUGUUCAAACAGCUCGUGAGGUAGCCCGAGUUCAUUGUGUAUGAAUAGUGUUUGCUAAUUAAACCAUCUUUGGUGCAAUCAGCUCGCCGAAGAGUAGGUAAACGCAUCAUGACGUGAAGUGACUCCUGUUGAAUAAACAUCAGACAAUGCAAAAGUGCUUCCGAUACUUGAUAUAAUCAAAGUAUAAUUGAAAUCCUUCGCUGUCAUUGACAGUGAUAAACAUCUAAUCCUUUUAAAUUAAUUCACCAAAGACGUAAACACGUUUAAUGAUGUUGAUCUGCUCAUAAUUUAAGAAUGAAAAAGAAGCUCACCCCGCCCCCCAAGAUGGGAAUCUAAUCUCUCCCAGGUCAAAAUGGAUUGGAUGUCUAUCGCCGUCUGAGUUAAAAGUACAGUGAGAAAAGCAUGCAGCCUAACAUACUGUAACCACCUUGGGAAAUAACCCCAUAUAAGAUGAUACCAACACAUGCCCAGCUCAAAAGGAAUGGAGUUGGACGUCUUAUCGAUGUCAAAGGCAGCCAAUGUUGAUUUAUGACAUGACAAUAAAGACCUUAUAACAAUA